AUAAACUGGUUAAAGAUUGACUCGCAGACUGACUUGGUCGUUCGUCAGACUAGGAUGCGAUUCACAAAACGAUAAUAAUUUAUAUUUUAUUAUACCGGACACGAUUUUCAAUAACAUCGCGGACGGUUUUGAAUGCGGUUCAUAUACAAUCAGAAAAUUUAGCGUUUGACACAUGCCAAUUUUAUGCGUACAACUGCAAAUAACUAAAAAUUUGUUGUAUUUUAUUUCGUGACUAUCGGUUAAAAUAGCUACCUUCUAUAUUUUAUAUAGUGUGACUUUAGUCUAUAAUACGUAUUGUUAACUCAUCGACAUGGCGUAUUCCCCGUUGACGCCGUUCAGUGAAUACCUGCAAGUAGAGCAGAGCAAAUAUCCGGAGCUCACGUUAGACGAAAUCCAGAAGUUAAAGGAGAGCUUAGAGGACGAUCAGACUUUGCCACCUAUAUCGGACAAAAAAUAUUUAGCAUUCCUACAUAGCUGUAAUUUCGAUAUAGAAUUAGCCAAAAAGACUAUUAAGAAAUGUUACCAGUUUCAUUUUAGAAUUCCACAAGUGUUUUGUGAAUUGGAUCCUUUAGACGAUGAUAUGGAAUUAAAUUAUAAUUGCUUGAGCAUUUGUCAAAUGCCGACUGCCAACACUAACAAAAAUGAUCGAGUUCUAUUUAUGAUGUUUCAAGAUACUAAUCACGAAAUGUUCGAAUAUUUGCCACUUUUCAAAUACCUCACUAUGUGGAUGAACUACACGCUAUUGAAGUACGGUACGUGCGACGGAAUGGUUAUCGUAAUAGAUUCCAAGGGGUUAAAUUGGCGGCACAUCGUAAAAAUACCCAUUGGAGUUGCUAGUAAAAUGUUAAAAUUCUUGGAAGUUGGUCUACCAAUUCGUUUAAAAGCUGUACAUGUUUUGAAUGCUGGAUCAGCUACGCAAAUGAUAAUGAAGAUGGUUACACGAUUCGCUAACCAAGAGUUAAUAGAAAAGAUAAAACUUCAUCCAUCCGGUUCAAAUGAUAUUUUCAAUUAUAUAUCGAGAAAUGAAUUGCCAGAAGAAGUAGGAGGAUAUGGAAAAUCACAUACUUUCUUCAAUGAUGAACUUUACAAUGACUUGAUAGAUAUGCGUGAUGUUUUUCUUGAGCAAAAUGAAGUACUAGGUAACCAAAUGAAGUAUGUGAAUCAACAGCUUGAUCAAAAUGAUGAUUAAAUUAUCAAUAUGAUAUUUUAAGAAAAACAUUUUUUUACGAAAUACAUGUUAGUGCAAUAGAUCAAAUAAUUUUAAAUAUUACAAUAAUACGAAAUAUGUUAUCUAGUGAAAUUGUUUUAUACUGAAUUGUAGGUUGUGAUAAUUAUUUUUAGACUAUCGUAUUUUUUUUUUGAUAGGCAACUUAAUAUAGUUUAAAGUUAAUUGGGUAUACAAAUUACAAUAAUUUAAUUAAAGAGUCGUGUUUGUAGUAACUAGUAAGAUUGUAUACUUACAAGCAUACAACGUUGUUGAUUAAUGAUUUAGGUGAUAUUUUUAAUUAUCAUUUUGUAGCUCAAGAAUUUUUUUAAGUCUUUUUUUACUUAGAUAUACUUAAAAUAUUUUUAAAAAAUAUAUUGUAUUUUAGUUAAAACUUCCUUAUCAGCUGGCUCCUUAUGAAACAGCGUUUUAAAAACAGGUAUGAUGAGUGAGACACACUAUUGAUUCGAAUCUAUUAAAUUUCAGCAGAUAGGUACACAUCUUUUAUUAGUUUAAUCAUAAGGACAAAUUUAAGUAUUAUAAUAUUCAAAGCCGCUAGCGUGAACUAAAUUUUUAUAUUUGAUUGCCUACAUCAAAAUUAUUAUCAACAUAAUUCGUGUAUUUAAAAGAUUGUAUAGUAUAUAAUAUAUAUAUUAAGCAUAAAAAAAUAUAAGUUUAUAUUAAGGUCUAUAGCUCAUGAUAAUAUUAUGGUUAUAAUAUAUAAGUGAUAAUAUAAUUAAUAAUUAUUAAAAACGUUAUAUAAUUAUUUA